AUUUUUCUUAUUCAUCACCAUCCUCCUCACCAUCUUCUGUAACAUUCGUUUUACCCUCCAAGUGACCACCGAUCGACCAUCAUAGAGAGCGUACGAUACGAGGAAGAGUACUCGAUACGACAGUCCAACGAUGGCUAUGGUUCCAUAAGGUUCCUAAGCCAAGAGAAGGAAAUUUAUUUAGUUUAUGAGAGUGCCUAUCGCCUCAAGGUCAACUUCGGUGAGAUUGUACCGAUAAAAAAGAAAAACGAAAAAAAAAAAAAAAAAGAGGAAACAAAAAGAAGGAACGAAAGGAAAUAAAAAAAAAAAAGAAAGAAAGAAAGAAAGAAAGAGGGAAUAUAGAAACAAAAAGAAGUAAAAAUAAAAGCUAAAAGAGAACCUAACGACGCAUGUAACUUAUAAUUAAAGAGAUCGUACAAGAGCCCGUUAGAUUUUCAAUAAUUAGAAUUUUUCUAUGAUCGAACCGUCAAACGAGCUGAGAUUAAAAUUCAUUGGAUCGGUUAUAUCAAAGGCCUCGACAUGUGGUGGAAGGCGAUCGUCGCUGGAAUAUUCCUCGUUUCUAUUCUAUCGAAGGAAGGCAAAUCUUCUAAUAUCGUACCGUACAAAUGGAAACGCAGUAUCGAUUUAAACGACAUAUAUCACUAUACCGCACAUCAGCAUAGAUUGCCGGAAAAAGUUAUUCCAAGUAGUUAUCAUUUGGAGAUCGAACCUUUAAUGGAUGAAGGUAAAUUCAAGGGUCGUGUUAAAAUAAACGUAACGUGUAUGGAUAUGUUGGAUAGAAUAACAGUGAACGCUCAUCCGGACCUUCAAAUAUCGAACGACGUGAGGAUCAGAGAAUUGAAAUCGGAAGAGACUGGUCCGCCACCUUUGGAGAUCAAUGUCGCAAAAACCGAACUUCCAACGUGGAAAAAAUUUUGGUAUGUCAUUCAUUUGGAACAAAUGUUGAAGGAAGGAGAUAGAAUAGAACUGGAUAUCAAUUAUAUGGGUAAUUUGACGACCAACGAAACCUCAGGCUUCUUUAGGAACGAAUACAUUGACUCCGAAGGACAAGCGCACCAAUUUGUCGCCACUUAUUUGCGCCUGAAUUAUGCCCAGAAAAUGUUUCCCUGUCUGGUCGAUCCGCACUAUAAGGCAACGUUUAAGUUAAACGUUAAACAUCCGAAAACUAUGAUUUCUAGAUCGAACACACCGAUAGAAAGAACUACGGAAGUACUCGACGAGCCCAACAUGAUUUGGAAUCAUUUCAUGGAAACACCUGAAAUAUCGGUCUAUCAGCUUGCUCUGGUAGUGUCGGACUUUGAGAGUAUCGUGCCAACGCAGGAAAUCGACGAGGUCAAUGGAACAAAGCUCGAAAUCAGAAUAUGGGCCAGGAAAGAUUAUCUCGAUAGUUUGAAGAACGUGCCGAACAAGAUCGUCAAGAUCAUGAACUAUCUACAAAAUUAUUUCAAUUGUUCUAUCGGCCUCCCCAAGCUCGACAUCAUGGCUAUUCCCAUGUUCAGUGCUGCCAAAGCUUCGGACAGUUGGGGUCUAAUGUUUUUCAAAGAAAGCGAAUUGAGCAGUCCACUGAUUUGGAAUACAGCCUAUGAAUUGAUCUAUCAGUGGAUCGGUCAAUACAUCACACCAUUUGUUUGGAACUACACUCUUGUGAGCAAGACACUUAAUUCUUUUCUCGCUUCGCUGACGACCGUGGACAUCAAUCCCGACGAAAUGGAAGGAAAGUGGCCAAUGACGAUACUCUACUCUCUUUACUACGAAUUUGGAAAGACCGUGCCGUUUUCAAGAGUGGCUGGUAUCAGGUACGAAGCAACGGUGGCCAAAGCCGAGUUGGUCUUUCGAAUGUUCAAUUACACGUUAGGCAAGGACGUAUUCCGUGAAGGGGUCAGGAACUUUAUUCAACAGCAGUCGGACAUGAAGCAACCACGGGUCUUCGUUUCCAAGGAUAUUUACACUCGUCUGGACGAGGCAGCCGCUGGAACGGCUGAUCUACCGCAAGGACUGACGAUUUUAAGCGUAUCUACCGCUUGGAUCAACCAGGAUAGAUUGCCAUUGGUCACGGUUAUUCGCGAUUACGAAAGUGGAGACAUUAUUCUUAGCCAGAAAGUCUAUAUGAGAGAACCACCGCCGAUUCCUAACAACAAAGCUCUAUCUCAAUGGGAUAUACCAAUCGUUAUGUUGUCCGAAGACAAUUUGAACUUUUCUCAAACAAAACCUUCCGUUUGGUUAACCAAAGAAAACGAACCACGAAAUUUAACGAUCAAGGAUAUCUCCAGCAAGGAUCAUUUUAUUAUCGUUAAUCCAGAAGAAAUAGGUAUGUUCCCGGUGAACUACGAUCCCUGCAAUUGGAAAAUGUUAUCACAAUUUCUACGUGGACCGAACCGCGAAACCAUUCCAAUUUUGACCAGGGCAAAGCUCCUCCAUGAUUCCUGGAAUCUGGCAUAUGCGGGUGAACUAUGCUUUGGAAUCGCCUUAAAUAUGACAUUGUUCUUGAGAGAGGAAACGAGUCUCGUUGUUUGGGAACCCGUCUUUACGAUGAUCGAUCAUGUUGGUAAACGUAUCGAGGGAUCCAACGUAUACGUCAAAUUCGAGGCCUAUAUACGUAGCCUGUUGAAGCCGCUUUACGACAAGUUAGGAGAUAAAGGGCGACUGUGUGAACCAUCUUGGAGAGUUCACAUACGAGGAUUGGCUAAGAACUUUCUCUGUCGUGCUGGUUACGAGCCUUGCGUUAAAGAGGCAAGAGAACAGUAUAGCAAAUGGUUGAUGGAGACGGAACCUGAUAAAGGAAAUCCGGUCGCGAACGAAUUCAUUUGUCCGGUAUACAAAUGGGGUACCAUAGAUGAAUGGGAAUUUGGAUUGCAAAGGGUUAUUAAUUUCCCUCAAAAUAGUCUCGAGAGGAAGCAAAACGAACGUACCUAUCUUUUGAAAACAUUGGCUGGUUGUCCAAAAGAUACUUACAAAAUUCAAAGGCUCUUGAACGUAACGAUUCUGGACCAGAAUGAUAACUUCACCGAUUCUGACAUUCAACUAAUCUUUAACAUGCUCACCGGCGGUGUAGCGGGUUACACGACCCUCUUUAAUUUCCUAACUGAGCACUGGGAUACAAUUAAAGAGAGAUUCGAAAAUAGAAAAUAUCUUUGGGAUGGUAUCGUCAAUUCGGCGACUUCCUCGUUCAAAACGCAAGAAGGUUACGACAUGGUGUACGAAUUGUAUCAGAGUCGACGGGGUCAACUUGAGUCAGCCAGUGGCAUCAUUCAAGAAGCUUUGGAAAAUAUCGAUCAGGAGGUGAGUUGGCGCGAAGAAAAUCUUCCUAUAAUCGAAGCUUGGUUGGACGAAAAUCUUUCGCAAGAUAUCGAAGUUGCAACCGAUUACACGACUACUACCACCAUAACACCUAUCGCAGGUUAAUAUAUUAUAAAACGUUUUGCUGAUCAAAAUAUUCGAUAGCAAUGAAGAAACCAAGGCUAAAUUCGAUGACGAUUCAUAUCCAUCGUAUGAUUGCUUCCUAUUUUUAAUUAUAUUUUUUGCCGUUCGCCGAGCAACUUUAUCGGUACUCAUAAUCGAAAUUCCGGCAGGCCGCCGACGAACGAUGGAAAAUAUCGAGGUCAAUUGAUGUCGUUAGUUAAAUAUAGAUUAUACAUGUAAGAGCACAACGACAUUAUAUGACGCUUGGAAUACCACAAGCUUCAUUACAUCGUGUUCCAAAUACUCGAUAUUAAUGUCAUUCCGCGUGAUUUCAAUAAUACCAUUCCGUAGACACGUAGCGUUGCCCUGGUGAUAGUGCCGCAUUUUAAUAUCGAUUACUAUGUAGAUUUUGCUUUAUUUAUCAAGAAAUAAAUCAAAGAGAUAGCAAAGUUCCUAUUAUAGAAAAAGUAUACGUAGAAAAAUCUUAUAUUAGAUACCUCGGAUAUGAGAUUUUAACUAAUAUAACAAAAUUUAUGUUAUAAAUGUAUAAACGAUAAAAUCAAUAAAUUUCGAAAUACGCUUAAGAAA